UUUCCUACAAAAGCUCGAGGAAAAGGCUGAGACGUACAUGAGGGAGAAGGGGUGGGGGUUAAUUUGGACACCGCCGUACAUGCCGACUUUCCACCCGAUCGAGCUGUUCUGGCAGCACGGCAAGCAUUACGUAAGCAUUCAUUUUGAGAAGGGGCGGAACAUGUUGGAUGUUUGGAAGCAAAUCCGUCUCGGUUGGUAUGGAGACCCGGGAUUGGGCGGUCAGGAGGGGGGGUGGAAGGUAGCCAAUUGUGGAACGUUGGUGGGAGCAUGCCAUUGGCAAGAUGAACGAGUGGAUCGGCCUGUAUGGUAGAAACCUGAGCGGUACGAUCGGUAGCCUCGAGUGUCCAGUGGCAGAGUACCAAGAGGCUAUGGCCGAGGAUGAGAUAGAGGAUGGGGUGGAGGAGCAGACGAAUGAGUGGCUGGGUGAGGACGCGGAAGAUGCCGUUGAGGGCUGAAAAAAAUGCAAAGAAAAAAAAUGCCCUGUUUUGGGCCAACAUUUUUCGACUUUGAUUCACGAACAGCGACACGAAGGGGGCUGCACAAAAGGUGCCAUCCUGAGUGUAAGCUGACAUAUUGGUUGAUAUUUCGCAAUUGAGACGGCUGUAUCAACCUGUUCAAACAAUAAAUGGAUCACCGGUGCAAGCACUGGGGCCGCAUCGUUUGAACACCGCGCUUCAAUGUUUUGAACAUCGCCGGGUACGAUCACAC